CCUUCCACCUCCCAGGCUGCUGCGCUCGGUUCGGCACGCGCCGAGCGAAAGAGCAGGCAAGAGUACACUCCUUCUCUUCCUCCAGUUUUCAUCUUUGGUCACAGCGCCACCUCCUGAUUGACUGAAGGUUCCAGCGAGGAUUUAUGCUUUAGGGACAAGGAAUUAGUCUUCACUUUUACCUGAGCCUUGACGAUUAUUUAGAGUAAGCUAAAGAUAACGAGGAAACGUACUUUUCAGGUCCUCCUAAGGUCCACAUUAUUUGUCCUCGGAGGACCUGGACUCUAUGGUCAGUGACGAAGGGCGGGGGGGGGGGGUGUCUCUCUCCCGUUGGCGCCUGCGUGCUGCGAGCUGGUUCCGCAUGCGCGGUGUGGUCUAGCGAAGCGCACGCUGAGGAAAGUCGGCGGCUGCUGAGGGCUGAUCGAGUCUGAUCUCUCCGACUGAAGAGCGUGGCGUGGGAGCCUGGUGUGGGACUCACACACAUACCUCAGAAUGCCGGGUCUAAGUUGUAGAUUUUAUCAACACAAAUUUCCUGAGGUAGAAGAUGUAGUGAUGGUGAAUGUAAGGUCCAUUGCUGAAAUGGGCGCUUAUGUCAGCUUACUGGAAUACAACAACAUCGAAGGCAUGAUUCUUCUGAGUGAGUUGUCGAGAAGGCGUAUCCGUUCUAUAAACAAACUCAUCCGAAUUGGCAGGAAUGAAUGUGUGGUUGUUAUUAGAGUGGACAAAGAAAAAGGAUACAUUGAUUUGUCAAAAAGAAGAGUUUCACCAGAGGAAGCAAUCAAAUGUGAAGAUAAAUUUACCAAAUCCAAAACUGUUUACAGCAUUCUUCGUCACGUUGCUGAGGUCUUAGAAUACACCAAGGAUGAGCAGCUGGAAAGCCUGUUCCAGAGGACUGCCUGGGUCUUCGAUGACAAGUACAAGAGACCCGGAUAUGGUGCCUAUGAUGCAUUUAAGCACGCAGUCUCAGACCCAUCUAUUUUGGAUAGCUUAGAUUUGAAUGAAGAUGAACGGGAAGUACUCAUUAACAAUAUUAAUAGGCGUUUGACCCCACAGGCUGUCAAAAUUCGAGCAGAUAUUGAAGUGGCUUGUUAUGGCUAUGAAGGCAUUGAUGCCGUAAAAGAAGCUCUGAGAGCGGGUUUGAAUUGUUCUACAGAAACCAUGCCCAUCAAGAUUAAUCUAAUAGCUCCUCCUCGGUAUGUAAUGACUACAACCACCCUGGAGAGAACAGAAGGCCUCUCUGUCCUCAAUCAAGCUAUGGCUGUUAUAAAAGAAAAAAUUGAGGAAAAGAGGGGCGUCUUCAAUGUUCAAAUGGAGCCCAAAGUGGUCACAGAUACAGAUGAGACCGAACUUGCAAGGCAGCUGGAGAGGCUUGAGAGAGAAAAUGCAGAAGUGGAUGGAGAUGAUGAUGCAGAAGAAAUGGAAGCCAAAGCUGAAGAUUAACUUUGUGGGAAACAGAGUCCAGUUUAAGGAACACAAAGCAGCCUUCCUGGCUGUAAACCCUAGACUUAAAAGUUUUCCAGUAUUGAAAACUUCAAAGCUGAAUAUUUUUUAAGUAUUUAAAUGUUCCAACAGACCAAAAUAUGAAAUGCCCUCCUAAAUGUUAGCUGUUUUCACACAGGAGCUCCAACACCUUGAGCAUUUUUUAAGGGAGUGGCCUGAUUUCACUAGAGACAGAUCUUCAAGACGAGACAUAAAUUGGGCUUAUGAUUUCCAUUUCUGAUAUCUCCAGAUUGGCACCCCUUUGUAGUUUAGUGCCUCCAUGAGAUUUACUAGAGGCACUCAAAGCAAAUAGUUCCAACCUUUCUAUAUAAAAUGUAUCAAGCAAACAUUAAAUAAAUUUCUGGGAUAUUUAACCAUAGGUUUCUUCCUUAUUAUCACCAGUUAAAAGCAUUACAAUUCCUAAGAAUUUCAUUUUAUUUGAAAUGUAAUUUAAAGGCAGGUGACCAGAGGAUAAGUAUAGCAGAUCCUUUCAAAAGGAAGGUUUACAGAGACUUUGCCAGUGGUCCAGUGGUCAGGACUCCAUGCUUUAACAGCUGAGGGCCUGGGUUUGAUCCCUGGUUAGGGAGCUGAGAUCCCGUGAGCCGUGUGCUGUGUGCCAGGCACCUUCUCUCCCCACCAACCACCCCCCCCCUUUAAUAAAGAGGAUUUAGAGAACAUUUUAAUUAGUGAAAGUUUACUCCUAGGGGAAAAAAGCCUUAAAAUGUAACUAAAGAAUUACAUUAGUUGAGUGCCUUUUACCUAUUUGAGACUGAUGACAACAUGUGGUCAGAAGGAGAGUUUAUCACACCGGUCCUUGUUGGUGUACUAAGCUGCUUGUCUUGAGUUUGUAAUUCAAGUUGGUAAAGGGGGAGGGGGAUUGUUUUUGUGUUUCUCUAACUUUAGUUUUUUGGUUUUUUUUUUUUUUUUUUUUUUUAAGAAAAAAAUGCUGCUUUGUAAAUUUAGUUAUUUUGAGUAUCAUUGCCCAACUUUUAGUUUUUUUUUCCAGUAAAAUAUUUGCUAGGUGCCACCUUAGAGUUUCACUUCUCUUCCUAACAGGUUAGGGAUCUGUUUGAACACAUUAACAAUCGUUUUUCAAAAUGUUUCCAUCACUUUUUCCUUUAAGAACUGAUUGUUUUAAAGGUGAAUAAAUAAUAUAUACAAAGGCAAAUAAAUUUCAUAGAUAACACAUGGUUUGCAGUUACAGCUACAGUGGCCAAGGUGUAGCAAGUCUUGAGUUGACUUUGGUUUACUUCAUAAAUUUAAUCUCUUAGGAUACUUGAGGUACUAGAUAAAUUAAUUUUACUAAUUAUUCCUAAGAAUAGCUAUUUAGAUACUUAGAAGAGUAAAUCUAACCCACCUUACUCAAUCCAGGACUGGACUUAACUCGCUGUUAAAAGGACUGGAAAAUAGAAGAGUGUUGGUGAGACAUUUAAGCUGUUUGUGAAGGUUUGUCCCUUUGUUUAAUUUAGCAGCCUCUACUAGCUCUUUAGAUCCAGGUCUAAAAAUAUAACUGUUUUUAUGAGGGAGCCAUGACUGCUAGCUUGCAUGCCAUCCUGGGAAUAUUUAGAGGAGAAUCUGGAUGUAUUCAAAUCACAUAAUUUUCACUUCAGUUUUUUUCUGAGGAGUUAAAAAGCCUGUAAAACUCACAGCAUCACAAAUGUUAUCAAACUAUAUAACAGGUGCUCCUUAAAUGUUUGUUGUAAGCAGAGGAAUUGAAUUUUCAUUUUGUUCACUGGAUUUUUUAAUACUUCAAAAGCCAUAACUGUUGAGAAAUACUGGUGGCAUCCGUGGUGAGUGGUUUAUAUCCUAUGCAGGCCUUUUGUUUAAUUCCACAACAAUUUUGCAAAUUUAUGACCCUUGCCAGAGAAAAAGAUCAAUACCUCACUGAUGAUGGAAAGAACUAAACUUUCCCUGCUGACCUAAAAGUAUCAUUUUCAAAUAUGAGAAGAUCACACCCAGUUCUAAAAACUUGAGUGGAUUGACGAAAGAUAAGUGAUCAGUUUACCCAAAUUUUGAAUCUCUCUGCAUAAAGACUCACUAGAAAUUGACAGUUUCAUCUACUCCCAGUUCUGUCUUUGAGGUCAAGUGGUUAUCAACUCAUAACUGAAAAUUAGCAAUAGUUUGAGUCUCAUUUAGGUAUUAGUUGAAAUUUUUAAAUGGCCGGAAAAAUACAAACAUCCAAAUGAUUUUUCAUGUUUUCUAGUAAAACGAGACAAGCCAGUACUUGAGGAUAAUGCUUAAACACUUAGUGGAAACCCACAGACGGCCUUACUUGACCUAGUUAACUUCUACAGUAAAAGCAAUUUAAAUGGUUAGGAAUUUUAACCAUUCAAGUGCUAGUGCCCUUGGCAAGAACUGUCCCAUGAUUUGCCUCAAAGUGAUAGUCAACUACUUUUCAACUCAUGAUACUGAUACCUACUGUACAGAGUGGGGUGUAAUUGUGCCAAUUUAUAAUCAAGAAGCCAUCAAACCAAAUGCAGCUUAAUUCAGAUAAAAACCUAUAUUGAAAGCAAAAAGCAAUAAAAAAAAAAAA